CUGACAUCACUCCCUAGUCUUACUUGCAGCUAGCAAGUGGUUUUGUUCUUUGGGUAGCAGAGGAGGAAAUCGCUCCCGUCCGAUAAAAUACAAAGUGAAGAGAGGACGCAUGCUGUUUCCUGGGGACAGGACUGGUUGCCAGAAAUGACCAUGUACUUGUGGCUUAAACUUCUGGCAUUUGGCUUUUCCUUCCUGGACAUGGAAGUCUUUGUUACAGGAGAAGAAACAACUUUUACCACCCUUGCAGGACCACCCACAGAGAAGCCCAGUGCUUGGCCUUCAGAUGACCCCUUACCUGCUGUCAACACUGCACUCUCACCCACAAGCACUGCUGGAGGAGAAAAUGCCUCCUUGCAGGCCACCUCUCCUCCUGACCCAGGUGUCCCAGGAGCCACGACUCUGGCCAGCACUUUCUCAGUUGACACAGCCUUCACUUCCACAGCCGCCCUCGAGCCUGCACACAACAGCUCUGCUGCCUUACCCGCACUCACGGCCACCACCAUCAGCACCACAGAUCACUCCUCAGAUUCCAACCUUACAUCCAUUGCACCAAGCACCUCGAGCUCUGCAGCAGACACUGUCACUCCAACCCCAGCCAUAGCCACUACUGCAGUGAGGCCACCAUGUGAUGACAGAUAUAAGAACAGACCUGUGGAAUACCAAUAUAACAAAACUACUUCAUCAUUUGAGGCAAACCUAAAUUUUCCUAGAGAUGUAAAAUGUAAGCCAAAGAACUGCAAAGAGAGUUUACAAGGCCUGACUGAAUGCUCAUCAAAAAACAUUGAAGUAGAUGAUGACUCUUGUUAUCCACCUACGUCUUUAACAUUACAUGUACCCCCAAAGAAGGAAAGGUUCCGGUUAUGUGAGCAUACACCGAAGGAAGAUGCAGAUACUUCCAUCUGGUUAAAGUGGGACAUAAAUGGCACAUUUGCUUGUAACAAAAGCAACUUCAAAUACACAUUUUGGUGUGACAAUGUUUCCCGGACAUCUUCAGCGGAAAGCACUAUGUUUACAGCCUUUCUUCCCAAUAAAACUUACAAUUGUGGUGCAGAAAUAUUCUAUAAUAAUUACAAGUAUAUCAACCAAACUAAAGCUAUUACAACGGAUUUGGGGAUUCCAGAAAAGCCUAAGAAUCUUAUUUGUUCCGCCAUAAGUGCAAGCGAAGUAUCUGUUACCUGGACACAGCCUCAAAAUUUACCCCACGGAUUUAUAUUAUGUUAUCAGAAUAAGUCAGGUGGGAGUAAGAUAUGCAGAAAUGUGACAGCCAGCAACACAAGACAUGUGCUUGUAAACUUGGACCCCUUUACAAACUACAGCAUAUCACUGAAGGCCUACGUCAUUGGAAAAGUACAACGCAAUGGAAGUGAUGUGCAAUGUGCAGCUCACACCAAAGCAGAUGAGCCUACCCAGGUCAACCACAUGACGGUCACUCAGAAGUCAGACAACAGCAUGGCCGUCUCCUGCCAGCCCCCGAGCCGGGUGAACGGCCCCAAGACCAUCUACCGCCUGGAAGUCAGGAGCGGGAACGUCCUCCUUAGGAAUGAAUCUCACAGCUCCUGCCAGUUCCUCGUGGAAAACCUGCACUACUCCACCAAGUAUGAGCUGCAGGUCUAUGUGUACAAUGGGGAAUUUUCUGGAUCUCCAGUCACUAAAUACCAGUCCACAUCCUAUAAUUCCAAAGCAUUGAUUAUAUUUCUGGCUUUUUUGAUUAUUGUGACAUCAAUAGCCCUCAUUUUUGUACUUUAUAAAAUCUAUGAUCUGCAUAAGAAAAGAUCCAGCAAUUUGGAUGAACAACAGGAGCUCGUUGAAAGGGAUGAUGAAAAGCAGCUGAUGGACGUGGAGGCCAUUCAUGGCGAUAUUUUGUUGGAAACUUACAAAAGAAAGAUUGCGGAUGAGGGCCGGCUUUUCCUGGCUGAAUUUCAGAGCAUUCCUCGAGUGUUCAGCAAGUUUUCCAUCAAAGAUGCCCGUAAGCCUUUCAACCUGAAUAAGAACCGCUAUGUGGAUAUCCUCCCUUAUGAUUAUAACCGGGUUGAACUCUCUGAAAUAAAUGGAGAUGCAGGGUCAAACUACAUAAAUGCCAGCUAUAUUGAUGGCUUCAAAGAACCCAGGAAAUACAUUGCUGCACAAGGUCCCAGGGAUGAAACCGUUGAUGAUUUCUGGAGGAUGAUCUGGGAACAAAAAGCCACAGUCAUCGUCAUGGUCACGCGGUGUGAGGAAGGGAACAGGAACAAAUGUGCAGAAUACUGGCCAUCGAUGGAGGAAGGGACGCGGUCUUUUGGGGAUGUUAUUGUAGAGAUCAGUGAACACAAGAGAUGUCCAGACUACAUCAUUCAGAAGCUGAGCAUCACAAACAAAAAAGAAAAAGCGGCGGGAAGAGAAGUGACGCACAUUCAGUUUACCAGCUGGCCGGACCACGGCGUGCCCGACGACCCGCACCUGCUGCUCAAGCUGCGCCGCAGAGUGAACGCCUUCAGCAACUUCUUCAGUGGCCCCAUCGUGGUGCACUGCAGUGCGGGCGUCGGACGCACAGGCACCUACAUUGGGAUUGAUGCCAUGCUGGAAGGCUUGGAGGCGGAGGGCAAAGUGGACGUGUACGGUUAUGUGGUCAAGCUGAGGCGGCAGAGAUGUCUGAUGGUGCAAGUGGAGGCUCAGUACAUCCUGAUUCAUCAGGCCCUUGUGGAGUACAAUCAGUAUGGAGAAACAGAAGUGAACUUGUCUGAAUUACAGUCAUGUCUCCACAACAUGAAGAAGAGAGACCCGCCUAGUGAGCCAUCUCCACUGGAGGCUGAAUUCCAGAGGCUUCCUUCCUACAGGAGCUGGAGGACACAGCACAUGGGAAAUCAAGAGGAAAAUAAGAAGAAAAACAGAAAUUCUAAUGUCAUUCCAUAUGACUUUAACAGAGUGCAGCUUAAACACGACCUGGAGGUGAGCAAGGAGAGCGAGCCAGCCUCCGACGACUCGUCAGAUGAAGACAGUGACGCGGAAGAAUCGAGCAAGUACAUCAAUGCAUCUUUUGUGAUGAGUUACUGGAAGCCAGAAAUGAUGAUCGCCGCCCAAGGACCCUUGAAAGAGACCACGGGUGACUUCUGGCAGAUGAUCUUCCAAAGAAAAGUCAAGGUUAUUGUGAUGCUGACAGAACUAAAGAAUGGAGACCAGGAAAUGUGUGCCCAGUACUGGGGGGAAGGCAAGCAAACCUACGGAGAUUUAGAAGUUGACACGAAAGACACAAGCCAGUCCACAGGUUACACUCUCCGAGUAUUCGAACUGAGACAUCCCAAGAGGAAAGACCCUCGAACCGUGUACCAGUACCAGUACACAGCCUGGAAGGGGGAACAGCUUCCAGCAGAACCCAAAGAACUCGUCUCCAUGAUUCAGAGCCUCAAACAGAAGCUCCCCAGGAGGAAUUCUUCCGAAGGGACUAAGUAUCACAAGAGCGUGCCUAUCCUAGUCCAUUGCAGGGAUGGGGCUGAGCACACAGGAGUGUUCUGUGCUUUGAUCAAUCUCUUGGAAAGCGCGGAGACAGAAGAGGUCGUAGAUGUUUUCCAAGUGGUAAAGUCUCUGCGUAAAGCCAGGCCAGGGGUGGUUGCCACGUUUGCACAGUACCAGUUCCUCUACGACACCAUGGCCAGCUACUACCCUGCCCGGAAUGGACAAAUCAAAAAAGCCAGCAUGCAUGAGGAUCGGGUUGAAUUUGAUAAUGAAGUGGACAAAGCAAAGAACGAUGCCAAUUGUGUCCAUCCACCUGACACCCCAGAUAAGACCCCCGACACAGACCAGGAGGGCUCUGAAGCCACAGGUGGCUCCCCAGGCCCAGAAUGUUCUGCCAAUGGGCCCUCGGGUCCAGCUUUAACUCCAAGUUCAUAGGAAAAGACGAACCUGGGCACCUCUACAUCUCAGAUUAGCUGUUAUUUCUGCUUUUCUUUCCUUUUUUUUUUUUUUUUUUUUUACUACUGUGGUUUAAAGAAAAGUAUUUAAGUUGCUUUGGCUAAAAUGUUUUGUACAGUAUUAUGCUUAUUUUUAAACUUUUUUUCCCCAGCAAAAACAUUGUUGUGGUCUUUGUGUGUCAAUGUUUCUGUUUGCACGUGGGUGACAAACAGAGAGACUGAGAGACAGAGAGAGAGAAGAGCGAGAGCGCUUGCAACUGAGUCCGGAUGCUUUUGAGAAGUUGUCUUUUUGCCUUUCUGAAGAAAACAUGUAUUUCAUAUUGGAGCUGUUAGCUUGAAUGGUCUCAUUUCAAAUCCUCAUUGCGUGACUAUGAAAGACUAAAAACACGGACUUUCUAGGAGGACCUCAAGAUGUGUUCCUUGUUCAACUUGUGGAUUUCUUACAGUUUGCUCUUACUUCCAGAGAGAGUUCCUACGAGUAGAUUGUGUAUGGUUAGCUACUACAAGAAAAUUCAUUAAAAUAACAUUAGCAAAUCUUAUCCUCCAGUGUGUUAAAAUUUAGUUCAAUAUCUUUUUAAGCAUAUUUAAUUUAAAGAUUCUGAGAGAGCCUACCUUCCUAACCACAGGGCUUUAUAACUCUGCCACACAGUAUUUUCUGUAAGUUUUGUGAUACUUACUGCUCAAUAUUCUUGACCGAAUAUUUUUUGUUACAAGUGAACUUAAAUAUCUUUGAAAUAAACAAAUGCAAUAGAUAUUGAAACCUCUAUGAUAAAAAUAGGAACUUGCAAAUAUAUUUGUGCCAAAUAUUUAUAUAUGAAACAUGAUGCAUAAGAUAUGAAACAUAAUACAGCUGAAUUUUAUGAAAUUCAGCACUGACAUGUGAAAAACAACAUUGAGUAUGCAUAAUCCCUUUUGGCAAGUAGGCCAGCAAUCUUCAUUAAUACAAAUUCAUUUUGAAUUUCUUACCUGUUUAGGAAUUAGUACUGAGAGCCAUCAUAAAAUUCAUUGGUUUCUUUUCUUGUUUGUAGUAUGUUAAGUGUGUUCUGUGUUCACAUAUAAAAAGUGGAUGUAGCUAUUGAAAAAGGCUUAAUGCAAAAAGACUGUUUUCAGACAUUUUUGUGGAUCCUGUUUUUUUUUUAAGAUGCUCUAAUAAUGUAGGGUCUGGGAUCUAAAAACCUCAAGAAGAGUGACAUUUUUUCCAAGAUGUAAUAAAAACAACUUCUUUUGUGAA